AUGGCAACUCCUGCAAGAAAGAGACUAAUGUGGGACUUCAAGAGACUGCAGAAAGACCCACCCGUUGGGAUAAGUGGAGCUCCACAAGAUUACAAUAUCAUGCAUUGGAAUGCUCUCAUCUUUGGACCUGACGACAGUCCAUGGGAUGGAGGUACUUUCAAGUUGACUAUUCAGUUCACCGAGGACUAUCCAAACAAACUUCCAGUAGUCCGGUUUGUUUCAAGGAUGUUUCAUCCAAACAUUUACGCUGAUGGAAGCAUUUGCUUGGAUAUCUUACAAAACCAAUGGAGCCCAAUAUACGACGUUGCUGCAAUUCUCACGUCGAUACAGUCUCUGCUUUGUGACCCAAACCCUAAUUCGCCAGCAAACUCGGAGGCUGCAAGGUUGUUCAGUGAGAACAAGCGAGAGUAUAACAGGAAAGUAAUGGAGGUCGUGGAGCAAGAGCUAUCGGGGAUUUCCAUACGAAUGUCUCAGCUCAAUAUUGCUAUGAAGAAGAAUUCGAUGAGGAAGAACAAGAAAUUGGUAGUAAAUAUCGCUCCAAAAAACGAAGCUCUUGCUUCAAGGUCGGUGGAAGCUGACCAUGAUCUCGGUUCCUCAAGAGAUGAGGAUCAAAGCAAAAUUGAAUCAUCAGAGAGACGAAGAGACGUGUUUCACAAGGUUGAGGUUGGUACAGGUUUAUCAGGCGCAUUAAAGCGUCUCAGAGAGCAAGGAACUUUCAAGGAGAAGAAAGGCAAGCUUGUUGUAGGAGGUGUUACGGACAAUUAUGGAGAUGACAGAUUCAGAGAUGCUUUUAAGGACAUUCGGAUUGAGAGAGUGGAUGAGCAUGGCAGGAUGUUGACUGAGAGAAGCGUUUCGGUUACUGUGUCACGGAUUCCAUGGGAAGAAACCUGGGAAGAGGAAGGUAGAAAACGGAAUAGGAAACACCAAGAUCAGUCGAAGCAGAUGGAAUCUUCAGAAAGAGCUGUGGAAAAAUGA